AUGGAUGCCAGAGCCAUGUUCCGGGCCGCUCCUGAUGAAGAGGCGCUGGGGUUCAAGCUAUUGAACGCGCUUCUGUACCACUGGAAGCUCCGUGGCGUGGCAGACCCUGAGGUGCUGCACGCGUCGUGGAAUUGUGCCAAAAGGGCGAUCAAGGCUUCGGGCCUGGAGGGGGCAGCCCUGAAGGGCACGCUCAUGGCGAACAUCAACCACGGCUACUUCCUGGGAGGCAAGAACCACCAGACCAAAGAAGAAAUCCUGCACGCGCUCGCCUCGAAGCUGGACAUGGCCGACAUCCUCGACGACGUGGUCUUCGAUCGAUGUCUAGAUCCUUCCGAGCAAUGGAACGAGGAGACCUUGUUUGAGGAGAUUCAGAACUGGGACACACACCGGCGGUUGCCGGCUUUCUGUUGUGGCGUUUGCGUCUGGCUCCCUAGCUUGCGCAGGAACGACUUCAAUUGGACAGUCAAUGCGGUAGUCACGAAUGAAUUGGUGGCCCAUGGCCUAACAGACGAGCCAGAGGCAGAGGAGCCAGAGGCAGACCAGGAUGCUCCUGACGAGGAGCAGGAGCAGCCGCAGGUGGAGGAGCGUCGCAACGCAGGAGAUGCUGCGAACCCGGACCCUCUGAACAAAAAGGAGUUUGAUGCUCUCCGAGGUGACUAUCACAACUCGUGGCACAUGUGUGCAGACUUCCUUCAAGACCGGGAUCUGCAGAAACGCCUCAGGAUCAUCUUCCUUUCUCUGGCGCCCUUGGAGGCUGAGUACCACCGGGACGUGAAGACUCAACAAGCAGGUCAGAAAGCUUUGGCUAGGUGGAGUGCAGCGAGGGCAGCAGGGGAGGCUGGCCGUUGCAUCCAGGAGACGCUGCAGCUACUGCAUUCGGCAGAAGUGUUCCAGAAGCUCGGCAUGUUCUCCUGCCGAACACCAGUGCGCGAGGAGGACAGCUGGGUGCAAGAGGAGUUGGCGAUGACACGGCGUCUUUUCUUGAUGCUCACUGAGACCGCCUCAGCCCGCGCCUGGUCCGAAUGCAUGUACCGCGUGCAACUGCCCCAACUUGCGGCAGGUUUGCUGCAUGAGAACAGAGAUGCAGCUCAGGGCAUGUGCAACAAAAUGGCACGCAUUGCGAAAGCAGUCCUGGCAGCGGAGAAAGUUGUCGGCAACGCCGAUGUGAACACCUGCCUCGCUGAUGCGGCGUGGCCUCAGCUCCAACUAGCCCGCGAGUUAAUGAAGAUGGGGCAGGACUGUGGCUGGUCUGCGCGAAACCAGGAGAUGAUCGAGUUUGCGUUCAGGCUCUACGGGGGGCCCCAGUCUACGAAAUUCGUUCUGGAAGAUCAAUUUAAUCAUCUCCAGCACCUGGUCCGGCAACAGAACAAAGGCCGCAGCUUCAUGGCGAAGCCUACACAAUACUUCUACGCGGCGACCUCCCCUAUCUUGCGCACAGCCAAUCUACCCGGCCCGACAGUGUUGUUCCCCACCUUUCAAGAAGCCUUUGCUGACAAGUCCAGAGCCACUGCCGACACAGAAGCAAUCCACAAGCCUGGCAAGAACCAGCUGCCUGAGUUUCUCGGUCGGCCAGAGGACAUUGCCGCUCUCAAGCGGUACUGGAAGGCGGCCGGCUAUCUUGCCAACCGAGUGGCCACUGCAGCCACCAUGUACCUCGUGGAUGAUGAGCGGACAGCGUGGAGCAAUGCCUCCAGAGCUUGGGCAGGCGUCUUCUUCGUCAUGGACAAGCAGACCUGCUUGCCGCGGUGGUAUUUCAACUACUCGGCAGACGGGGUCGCAGAUGUUUGGAAGGCUGUCAUUUGCAGAGCUGUCCCGCCCUGCUGCAACCUGUUGAGCUCCCCGGGAGCCGCCAUUGCGCAGACGGAUCCCGACGAGCAAGAUCUGCUCUCCUAUGCCGUCAGAAAUGGCGCUUGGUUGAGUGUGCCGCACAUCAUGCACAUCUUCCAGUCGCGCCGGUGGCCCUACCCCGGGCCCUCCAAGGGCCGGAAGAAGCGGCAUUUUCUAGAAGACAUGGUGAACCGUCUCUUCCCGGAUGAGUCAGCAGAAGCGAAAGCAGCCAUGGUGGACAAAAUGGCCCCGUCGACCCGACCUACAGCACAAGCCGCUCGGGACGAUGACGAUUGUGGGGAUGACUUGCUUGCUGUCAUCUCGAAUCUCGACCCCGAGAACGCAGACGCUGCUAAAGGCAUGCGCAAGGCAUGCGUGGACCGUCUCUUGGAUAAGCAGCGUGCCAGGCCAAAGCCGGAGAGCGGCGGCGAGCCACGAGGAGGCUGGGAGAGGAAACAUUUCACACCACCUGAACUUCGCAGCCUGCUCCCGCCUACCAGCGACACUGUGUGGAUCAAGCGACAACCCGCCGUGCCGCAGUACUCUGGCUACUACGAACGCUGCUUGGUUCCAUUUUGUGCAGAUUCUCUUUUCGUGCUCCGCUAA